AUGGUAGAACUUGGAAAGCUAAUCCUCCAACAUCAUUCUCACUACUCCAUCACAAUCCUCAUCCCUACCACACCUUGGGAAGAUGGAACCACCAUUUCCUCGUACAUCAACAAGAUCAAACUUUCACUCUCCUUCCACUUCCACCACCUUCCCACUCCCAAUCUCUCAAUUUCUCCCAACUCAAAGACCCAAACCCGAGUAGGCAACGCAUUUGAAUUCAUGCGCAGCAACAUCCCCAAUGUCCUCCAUGCCCUCAAAACCAUCUCUCUCACCUCCACAAUACCAUCUCUCAUCACCUCAUCAGUCCAAGACUCAUAUGAUCCCAACAUCCCAACUUACUACUAUUUCACCUCUUGUGCUUCAACUCUUGCUACUUUUCUCUACUUACCUAUUCUCCACACCCAAACAACCAAAAGCUUCAAAGACCUUCCCUCCACUAUCUUCCACAUCCCUGGUUUGCCACCCAUCACGGCCUCUCAUUUGCCCGAACCCAUUCUUGAUAGGGACCACCAGGCCUACCAUGACUUCCUUAACUUUGGCGCUUGCUUACCCAAAUCAAAUGGGAUCAUAGUUAAUACCUUUGAAUCCCUCGAGCCUAGAGCAAUCAAAGCUAUCACCGAUGGUGAUUGUACUAGUCCAAUUCUAACCCCGACAAUUUACUGCGUUGGACCAGUGAUAGCCGAUGCUGAGGAUAGAAUUGGUAAUUCAUCUAAUUCAUUAGAUUGUUUGACAUGGCUGAACACUCAACCCAGUAAAAGCGUAGUGUUCUUGUGCUUUGGAAGCAAAGGAGCACACUCAACAUCGCAGUUGAGAGAAAUCGCUAUUGGGUUAGAGAGAAGUAAUCAAAGAUUCUUGUGGGUUGUGAAGAACCCGCCUCCAAAUACUUUGGAGGAGCCUAAUUUGGAGUUACUACUACCAAAUGGGUUCUUGGAAAGAACAAAAGAGAUGGGUUUGGUGGUGAAGUCAUGGGCACCGCAAGCGUCGGUUCUGAGACAUCAGUCAGUAGGCGGGUUCGUGACGCACUGCGGGUGGAAUUCGGUGGUGGAGGCGGUGAGUGCUGGUGUGCCAAUGGUGGCUUGGCCAUUGUAUGCCGAGCAACGCUUGAAUAGUGUGGUUUUGGUAGAGGAAAUGAAAGUGGGUAUUGCCAUAGCCAUAGAUGAUGAUGGUUGGGUGAGAGGAGAUGAGAUUGAGAGGUGUUUGAGAGAAUUGAUGGGGUCUAGAAAGGGAGAAGAGGUGAGGAAAAGGAGUGAAGAGAUGAGAGUGAUGGCAUCUGAGGCUUGGAUGGUUGGCGGUGGUGGUGGUGGGUCGUCUCUUGCUGCUUUUUCAAACUUGGUGGCUUCAUGGUCGUCCAAUCAUAGCAAAGGAUGAAGGACAUUAAAAAGUCCAAUCAAUGGGUGGCAUUGGUUGAAUGUAUUCAAAACAGGAUAAAUAAUCUUUGUAUUUUUAUUAUUAUUUUUUCAAUUGCGUCAUUUUAAUAUUUAUAAUUUUAAUUAGCUAACGUCAA